ACCCCACGCAUUGCCUCCUCUACCCCCCGAUUCUCUGCGGCCUCACCGGCCGCGGUGCACACGACGCUUGUAAGGCUGGAGGUGCUCGAGCGCCUGCUGCCCCGGACCCCCCCGCCCCCGCCCGCCCCGAUGGAGGCCGAGCUGCUGCAGUCGCCUCUGCUGGGGCUCGGGGAGGAGGACGAGGCCGACCUGACCGACUGGAACCUGCCUUUGGCCUUCAUGAAGAAGAGGCACUGUGAGAAAAUCGAGGGCUCCAAGUCCUUGGCCCAGAGCUGGCGGAUGAAGGACCGGAUGAAGACGGUCAGCGUGGCCUUGGUGUUGUGCCUGAACGUUGGGGUGGACCCUCCGGAUGUGGUGAAGACCACGCCCUGUGCGCGCCUGGAGUGCUGGAUCGAUCCUCUGUCGAUGGGCCCCCAGAAGGCCCUGGAAACCAUCGGGGCCAACCUGCAGAAGCAGUACGAGAACUGGCAGCCCCGGGCGCGGUACAAGCAGAGCCUCGACCCCACCGUCGACGAGGUGAAGAAGCUGUGCACGUCGCUGCGCCGCAACGCCAAGGAGGAGCGGGUCCUCUUCCACUACAACGGCCACGGGGUGCCCCGGCCCACGGUGAACGGCGAGAUCUGGGUCUUCAACAAGAACUACACGCAGUACAUCCCGCUGUCGAUCUACGACUUGCAGACGUGGAUGGGCAGCCCGUCGAUAUUCGUCUAUGACUGCUCCAACGCCGGCCUCAUCGUCAAGUCCUUCCGGCAGUUCGCCCUGCAGCGGGAGCAGGAGCUGGAAGUCGCGGCGAUCAACCCCAACCACCCUCUGGCCCAGGUGCCCCUGCCCCCGUCCAUGAAGAACUGCAUCCAGCUGGCGGCCUGCGAGGCCAGCGAGCUCCUGCCCAUGAUCCCUGACCUCCCGGCAGACCUGUUCACCUCCUGCCUCACCACCCCCAUCAAAAUCGCCCUGCGCUGGUUCUGCAUGCAGAAGUGCGUCAGCCUGGUGCCCGGAGUCACGCUGGACCUGAUCGAGAAGAUCCCCGGCCGGCUGAACGACCGGAGGACACCGCUGGGCGAGCUGAACUGGAUCUUCACGGCCAUCACCGACACCAUCGCGUGGAACGUGCUCCCUCGGGACCUCUUCCAGAAGCUCUUCCGGCAGGACCUGCUGGUGGCCAGCCUGUUCCGCAACUUCCUGCUGGCGGAGAGGAUCAUGCGCUCCUACAACUGCACCCCGGUCAGCAGCCCGCGCCUGCCCCCCACCUACAUGCACGCCAUGUGGCAAGCCUGGGACCUCGCCGUGGACAUCUGCCUCUCGCAGCUGCCCACCAUCAUCGAGGAGGGCACGGCGUUCCGGCACAGUCCGUUCUUCGCGGAGCAGCUGACCGCCUUCCAGGUGUGGCUGACGAUGGGCGUGGAGAACAGGAGCCCCCCCGAGCAGCUCCCCAUUGUUCUGCAGGUGCUGCUGAGCCAGGUGCACCGGCUGAGAGCCCUGGACCUGCUGGGGCGGUUCCUGGACCUGGGCCCCUGGGCGGUGAGCCUGGCCCUGUCCGUGGGCAUCUUCCCCUACGUGCUCAAGCUGCUGCAGAGCUCGGCGCGCGAGCUGCGGCCCCUGCUCGUCUUCAUCUGGGCCAAGAUUCUGGCCGUGGACAGUUCCUGCCAGGCCGACCUGGUGAAGGACAGUGGCCACAAGUACUUCCUCUCGGUCCUGGCCGACCCCUACAUGCCGGCCGAGCACAGGACCAUGACGGCCUUCAUCCUCGCCGUGAUCGUCAACAACUACAACACGGGCCAGGAAGCCUGCCUGCAGGGAAACCUGAUCGCCAUCUGCCUGGAGCAGCUCAACGACCCCCACCCCCUGCUGCGCCAGUGGGUGGCCAUCUGCCUGGGCCGCAUCUGGCAGAACUUCGACUCGGCCCGGUGGUGUGGGGUGCGGGACAGCGCCCAGGAGAAGCUCUGCAGCCUCCUCUCCGACCCCGUCCCCGAGGUGCGCUGCGCGGCCGUCUUCGCCCUCGGCACCUUCGUGGGCAACUCUGCCGAGAGGACCGACCACUCCACCACCAUCGACCACAACGUGGCCAUGAUGCUGGCCCAGCUGAUCAGCGACGGGAGCCCCGUGGUGCGGAAGGAGCUGGUGGUGGCGCUGACGCACCUGGUGGUUCAGUACGAGAGCAACUUCUGCUCCGUGGCCCUGCAGUUCAUGGAGGAGGAGAAGAACUACCCGCUGCCCUCGCCCGCCACCGCAGAGAGCGGGAGCCUGACCCCCGUGCGCGACAGCCCCUGUGCCCCCCGGCUACGCUCGGUGAGCUCCUACGGCAACAUCCGCGCCGUCACCACCGCCCGGAGCCUGAACAAGUCCUUGCAGAACCUGAGCCUCACGGAGGAAUCGGGUGGCGCCGUGGCCUUCUCCCCCGGGAACCUGAGCGCCAGCAGCAGCGCCAGCAGCACGCUGGGCAGCCCUGAGAACGAGGAGUCCAUCCUGUCCUUCGAGACCAUCGACAAGAUGCGCAGGGUCAGCUCCUACUCGGCGCUCAACUCCCUCAUAGGCGUCUCCUUCAACAGCGUGUACACGCAGAUAUGGCGCGUGCUGCUGCACCUGGCAGCUGACCCCUACCCCGACGUGUCGGACCUGGCCAUGAAGGUGCUCAACAGCAUCGCCUACAAGGCCACCAUGAACGCCCGGCCUCAGCGCAUCCUCAGCGCGUCCUCCCUCACCCAGUCGGCGCCCGCCAGCCCCACCAACAAGGGCGUGCACAUCCAGCACGCGGGGGGCUCCCCUCCAACAUCCAGCGCCAGCAGCUCCAGCCCCACCAACGAUGUGGCCAAGCAGCCAGGCAGCCGUGAGCUGCCUGCGGGCCGGCUGGGCACCGCCGGGCCCACGGGGGCACAGUACACGCCCCACUCCCACCAGUUCCCCCGCACACGGAAGAUGUUCGACAAGGGCCCUGACCAGCCCGCCGACGACCCGGACGACACCGGCCACAAGAGCUUCAUCUCGGCCGCGAUGCAGACGGGCUUCUGCGACUGGAGCGCCCGGUACUUCGCGCAGCCCGUCAUGAAGAUCCCGGAGGAGCACGACCUGGAGAGUCAGAUCCGCAAGGAGCGCGAGUGGCGGUUUCUGCGCAACAGCCGCGUGCGGAGGCAGGCGCAGCAGCUUAUCCAGAGGGGCAUCACGCGGCUGGACGACCAGAUCUUCCUGAACAGGAACCCCGGGGUCCCCUCCGUGGUCAAGUUCCACCCCUUCACGCCCUGCGUGGCCGUCGCGGACAAGGACAGCAUCUGCUUCUGGGACUGGGAGAAAGGGGAGAAGCUGGACUACUUCCACAACGGGAACCCUCGGUACACGCGGGUCACCGCCAUGGAGUACCUUAACGGCCAGGACUGCUCGCUGCUGCUCACGGCCACAGAUGACGGCGCCAUCAGAGUCUGGAAGAAUUUUGCUGAUUUGGAGAAGAAUCCAGAAAUGGUGACCGCGUGGCAGGGGCUCUCUGACAUGCUGCCGACAAACCGAGGUCUGGCCCGAAAGGUCUCCAUCUAUCUUGACCACAGUAAGCAGGGAGGCGCCGGGAUGGUGGUGGACUGGGAGCAGGAGACCGGCCUCCUCAUGAGCUCAGGGGACGUGCGGAUCGUGCGCAUCUGGGACACGGACCGCGAGAUGAAGGUGCAGGACAUCCCCACGGGCGCCGACAGCUGCGUGACCAGCCUGUCCUGCGACUCCCAGCGGUCCCUCAUCGUGGCCGGCCUAGGGGACGGCUCCGUCCGCGUCUACGACCGGAGGAUGGCCCUCAGCGAAUGCCGCGUCAUGACAUUCCGGGAGCACACGGCCUGGGUGGUGAAGGCCUGCCUGCAGAAGCGCCCCGAGGGCCACAUCGUGAGCGUCAGCGUGAACGGGGACGUGCGCUUCUUCGACCCGCGGAUGCCGGAGUCUGUGAGCGUGCUGCAGAUCGUGAAGGGGCUCACGGCCCUCGACAUCCACCCCCAGGCCAACCUCAUCGCCUGCGGCUCUGUGAACCAGUUCACCGCCGUCUACAGCGGGACCGGGGAGCUCAUCAACAGCAUCAAGUACUACGACGGCUUCAUGGGCCAGCGCGUCGGCGCCAUCAGCUGCUUGGCCUUCCACCCACACUGGCCUCACCUGGCCGUGGGCAGCAACGACUACUACAUGUCCGUGUACUCCGUGGAGAAGCGUGUCAGAUAGCGGCGCCCGCGGGCCAGGCCACAUGUACCGAGGGGCCGCUGCCCGGGACUGGUCCUGACCCGGCUGCCGAGGCUCCAGCUGCGCUGCCUGCCCGUCUGCCCUCGCUGUCGCGUGUGGCCCGUGAAGUCCCUCCCGCGGCGUGACGGCAUGAUGUCAUGGGCCCGGCGCUGCCCUCCCGCACCUCCGUUUCCUCCCGAGAGUUUUGAAGCGGAAACACUCGUGUUAUUUCCCACGGGACCCGAGCCUGAGCUCCACGCUCCGGACGGACGGCUCCUCCGGCUCGGCCACCUGGCGGUCCCUGGGCCGGCACCGCCCGCCACGCGCCAGCAGGAGGUGCCCGCCAGCCGCGGCCUCCGCUGUGCACAGGGCCGGCUCCGAGCCGCGGGAGGGCUGGGGUUCGAGACGGCACCGAGGAGAUGGAGGAGCUGGCACCGGGCCUCCCGCCAACCCCCCGGGCUCAAUCCACCCCACCACGCAGCCACCCUCCAGCACAGGCGCGGCCUUGGGUUCGAGCUCGGCCCCUUACCAAGGUCCUGGAGAGAGAGGGCCUGCGGCCUCGGGCGGGAGGCAGGUCUUGGGUGACUCAGCCACUGCCUGAGGCCACGGGCUGUUUCCCCGAAGGCCAGGCCCAGGUCCAUGAUCUUCCUGCCUGUUCGCACGCGUGUCACACGUGCACACAGGGAGGCACAGCUGGAGGCCUGGGAGUGUCCGGUUAGACAACAUCUUGUCUGCAGUCCCUGUCCCCACGCUGCAGCCACACGCACACGAGCUCCUCGCUGCUCACGUCAUCGCGUCUGUGUGUGCGAGCACAGGCCUGUGUGGACACGUGUGGACAAGUGCACAGUCAUGUGCAGACGUGCGAGUGCACAGGCGUGUGCAGACAUGCGUGUGUGAGCGCAUGGCAGGGAGUGGUGGCCGCGGCCGAUGGCGGGCCCGGAGGGUGCGCUGAGGCAGCACCGGGAACUCAGAACCGCCUCAGUGAUGAUGUUUGAAACGCACUUGGGAAUCAGGGUUAUUCAGAGGAGUGAGGUGGCUUCAUUUAUUCUGCCAGCAAGAGGCCAAUAAUCGUGUGAAUGUGCGUGAGCGCCCGGCUCGCGGAGGUCUCCUGGCUGCAGGCGUGGGCUCGGCCUCCGCCCAGGGCGUGCUGGCCGGGUCCGCACGGGCUGGAGGGGCUGGUGCAGGAGGGGCCUGCCGCGGCCCUGCGCGGCGUCCGUCCGCGGGGCGCUCCAGUGCGGACCCCCAACCUCCCGGAGGCCGAGCUCCACCCAGACGCGGAGGGAGUGUCUGAUUCGUGGAGCGGGUCCCCUCCAGGUUCCGGCUCGUGUGCGGUUCUGUGUGUUUUGAGACAAAACCACGAGCUGCCCCACGCGAGGCUGUCUUCGCAGAUCUGACGCGAGAACUCAAUCAUGAGGCCCACAGGCACGGGAGCCUGCCCUAAAGGCUGCUCACCUAUUUAUUUUAUCGGAAUAAAUCGAAGACGGACGAGACAGGAUUGCCAUGUGGCCGGGAGCUCGGUGACGGACAAUAAACGUGAUGAAAUCGUG